AUGAAUUUCUGGACUCAGGAGAAAGCAGAGAUGUUUAAGAAUAAUGUUACUGACCAUAAGCUAAACAUGGAAGCCAUAAUUAAAAACAUUAACAUGAUUUCUUUGGAGUUGAAGAAGAUGCAAGAGCUCUCCCAGUUGCUGCUUUGUGACCUUACUUUACAUUUUAAUCAUCCUCUGAAGACAGAUGACUUAGAGGAAACAGAAGGAAAACCGCCCCUCUUUGAUGAAUCUAAAAUAUCAGAUGUGUCCUUUGCUUCUAACAGCUUUUCUGUCUGA